AUGUCGAGCAAGUUUCUACCUAUCGGAGUGGAUGAGUCGCCGCGACAGCUCUUCGCUCGUUCCCUACGCCCUCGCCUAGAAGCCGAGCUCCAGCAGCAGAUCGUGAUCUAUGCUCAGCAGUUCGGCGACGUAUCUAUAUACCACGCUCGCCAUAUUAUCAGAGAGCACGCCGAUGCCUUCUUGCAGAGUCUACAGAAACUCCCCGGUCCUUCAUCCCCGUCACGACCCCAUGCAGCCCAGAACAUGGCAUCGAGAGCGGAAACUGGGGCAUCGCGAUGCAGGCUAUACCUGCUUCGACCUGGUCAACCUCUCUCCUAUACAACUACAUCCAUAUUCUUAGGCAACCUCCAGAGCAAUCUUCGCUCGAAUCCUGCCGCGAUAUUCCGACAAGCUCUGUCCUCCCCCGAUCUGGUCCAGCUUCUUCAGCGUCAGCAUGGUACUCCAUCAACGUAUCUGCCAUUGCGACAAGUCGCGGUGUGCCCUAUCGUUGACAGAAUAAGGAAACUUGGUCAUGCGAUUCGCGUCGGGGGUGCGUUCAAGAAGACGGUUCGUGUCGCAAUAAAGACCCUUGGCCAUCUCUUCAAAGAUACCAGGUUCGGAAAGCAACUAGAGCGACCAAUCGCCCGCUUCAUAUUUGGUCUCAUUCUGGAGCGCGAGUGUGCGAACUUUGGUCCCACUCCCUUCUUUGUUGAUUGA